CGCGGGGCUCGAACUCACGGACCGUGAGAUCGUGACCUGGCUGAGGUCGGACGCUUAACCGACUGCGCCACCCAGGCGCCCCGGUUUGGGUCUUUAUAUAGGAGGUGGGAAAUCUCCAGAGCCUGGGAACUCAACACGUUAGGCUCAGUUGAACCUCUUCCACCUAGCAGUACUUCUUGUGCCAUCUGAACCUGAAUACAGAAUCUAGGCCCCCUAAGCUGAGGCAGGCAUGCCCUACAGAUGCCCUUAGGCAAAUCCUAGAACACACACAAGGAACAGAUCAGGAGAAGGAUGGGAGAUGAGUUCCACUCCUCCUUGCCCCUGGGAGCACCAGACCUGCUCUGGGAAUAGCAGACAUGUGACAACAGGCCUGCAAAACAUUCUCUGGAAGAGCCCGGCCAUCUCUGCAAGUCAGGGAUCUUGUUGCAGUCAAAUACACAUGUACACAUAGGCACAGGCACAUGCAAGUAUGCACACAUACACAUGUAGAAAUGCACAUGUGCACAGGCACGUGCUUACAUAAGCACAGGCAAAAAUAGGCAUGUGCAUGCUAAUGCAUGUACUGCUCAUGUACAAGCAUCCAUACAUCCAUACACAAAUACACAAAUGCACAUGUUAAUCCACAUAAGCACAGCAAAGUACACAUAGAAGCACAUGUGCACAUAAGGAAAAACAAAACCAUGUCUACACACAUGCACACACGUACAAAGGCAUGCGUAGGCAUACAUGUACUCAAUGGCACAAACAGGCACAUGUGUACACACAAGUAUACAUACGGACAAAUGUGUCAUGUCAUUGCUUUGGUUGAUGCCAGCAAAGGAUAGCCGCACACACACCCAGGCACACACAGUGGACAUGUACGCCCCCACCCCAAGUCUGUUGGAAUCAUGGAGUUAUGUAGAGGCCCUGCCCAGGUGAGAUCCAGCCCUCAGUACCAGGCAAAUGCAAUUCCCUGCUUUCCUUCUUGACUCUCUGCAGAGCAUGGAACCCUGGUCUGGAGUCACCCAGCCCUUCUCAACCACUUCCUUCUAUGUGACCGUCUGAGCCUCUACUUCGUCAUCAGUAAAAUGGGGCUGAUGAUAGGAACCAACUAACCACCCUGUUCACCCGCUGCCGGGACCAUGGGGGCUGGGGCCAGCGCCGAGGAGAAGCACUCAAGGGAGCUGGAAAAGAAGCUAAAAGAAGAUGCCGAGAAGGAUGCUCGAACCGUGAAACUGCUGCUUCUGGGUGCCGGUGAGUCCGGGAAGAGCACCAUUGUCAAGCAGAUGAAGAUUAUCCACCAGGAUGGGUACUCUUUGGAAGAGUGCCUCGAGUUCAUUGCCAUCAUCUACGGCAACACACUGCAGUCCAUCCUCGCCAUCGUGCGUGCCAUGACCACGCUCAACAUCCAGUAUGGAGACUCUGCGCGCCAGGACGACGCCCGGAAGCUGAUGCACAUGGCGGACACCAUCGAGGAGGGCACGAUGCCCAAGGAGAUGUCAGACAUCAUCCAGCGGCUGUGGAAGGACUCGGGUAUCCAGGCCUGUUUCGAACGCGCCUCUGAGUACCAGCUCAACGACUCGGCGGGCUACUACCUCUCCGACCUGGAGCGCCUGGUAACCCCGGGCUACGUGCCCACUGAGCAGGACGUGCUGCGCUCGCGUGUCAAGACCACGGGUAUCAUUGAGACUCAGUUCUCCUUCAAGGACCUCCACUUCCGGAUGUUCGAUGUGGGCGGGCAGCGCUCUGAGCGCAAGAAGUGGAUCCAUUGCUUCGAGGGUGUAACCUGUAUCAUCUUCAUCGCGGCACUGAGCGCCUACGACAUGGUGCUGGUGGAGGACGACGAAGUGAACCGCAUGCACGAGAGCCUGCACCUGUUCAACAGCAUCUGCAACCACCGCUAUUUCGCUACCACGUCCAUUGUGCUCUUCCUCAACAAGAAAGACGUUUUCUCAGAGAAGAUAAAAAAGGCGCAUCUCAGCAUCUGCUUCCCUGAUUACGACGGGCCCAACACGUACGAGGACGCGGGCAACUACAUCAAGGUGCAGUUCCUGGAGCUCAACAUGCGACGCGACGUGAAGGAGAUCUAUUCCCACAUGACUUGCGCUACCGACACACAGAACGUCAAGUUUGUCUUCGAUGCUGUCACCGAUAUCAUCAUCAAGGAGAACCUCAAAGAUUGCGGCCUCUUUUGAGGUGCUUGAACUCACGUGUGUCCCUGACACCCGGUAGCCCUAGCCACCUCGUAGCCCUAGCACACAAGAGCCUCUCAGCCCCCCAGGACUCCUGGGCCCCAGCGUGAGGCCCCACCAGCCACGCCACAGAUCCAAAGCCCUGAGCCCCACCAGCCUUGAGGCCCCAGCCCUCCCCCAUGGUUCCCAGGUCUCCCAGAGCCAGGUACCCCCAACCCGACUGCUGCCCUUCACGGCCUGGCUGCGCUGGCCUCCAGGACCCACCCCAGCCAGCCCCAGCUAGGAGCAGGCAGGACUUGGGGCAGCUAGAGCUCACAGUGACUCAGCAUGCCCAACUGACCAAUCUCCUACAGGUCUCUCCGCAGGGGGCCCAUGACUCACCUGGUGGGUCUGGGCUCGGCAAACAGCCCUCCCUCCCAGUUUCCUGAAGAGCAGGGGGGGCAGGCCAGGGAUCCCUCCUCCAAGCAAGCCUGCUGCUGACCAUCAGCCCAUUCCAGCCUUACCACCUCCAUGUGACAAAUCUGACACCUGUCUCUACCCGGUGGCCAGUGACUGUCCCUCUCAGUAGCUUCAGGAGUCCAAAGUCCAAGUCAGUCUGGCCUGUGCAGCUCCUGCAUAGAUGAAUUAAUGAGUGGAGGCAGGCCUGGGAGACCAUGGGCGCCAGGAAGAGACUCAAGCUGUACCCUUCUCCAUACAGCAGGCUCAGAGUACCCCCUAGACCCUCCACCCACAGGCUCUGCCCCCUCUGUCCUUGUCCUUGGACACCAGAUCCAUGUCCUACCUCACCACCACCCUGCCCACAGUACUCCAGGCCAGCCGGCCAAGGGGACGGUGUUUUGAGGGAGGGUACUGUUGACACCAGCUGUGGCCAAUGGUCAAACUGUCCUGAGGGGUGGCUGGGGGCAGAGUCCGGCUCCUAUCGAUCAGCCCCAGGCUGGGACAUGACUGAGGCCCAGGUUGGGCCCAAGAGGGGUCUACCUCAGGUGGAGUCAUAAGUAAACCCAUGUAACCCUCUUGUCCCUCUCACCCUUUCCAUUCAGGGUCCAUUUGCUGGCAGGAAAAACUGAGGGCCAUGCCUGAAUUUUGUUAGGGACAAAGGCCCAAGUCCCUAUAUCCCUGCCCCCUACUUCCUCAUCAAGCCUUGAGUCCUUGCUGAUGCCUGUGGGCCAGGACCUAUGCUGCAGUGGGGGAUGGGGGGUUUCUGUCUCGCAAGGCCAGAGCACGAUCCACACUCCCCUCAGAUAGAUGCACAGACUCAGCAAUAAACCUUUGCAUCAGGCCCCAGCUGUCUUUUCUUGUGGGGAAGGGAAGAGCAUUAAUUAUCAUGAGUUACGGGCACUUACUAAGUGUCCAGUGUUGGGCUGGACAUGAAUGGGAAGAUCAUCCCUUCCAGGGAGAAGCACCUGGCCGGAAGUGGCAGGAGCACUCUUGGGGGCAUGGGACUAACCUGUGCCUCUUGAGAGGGGCUGAAGGAAAAAGAAGCCCUGGGAACUGUUCACAGGAACA